AUGAUAUCUCCUCGUUCAUGCGAUACUUUUGUGGUACUCCCGCCGCUAACUGAGAAGGGAGUUGUCAUUUUUGGAAAAAAUUCUGAUAGGCCACAAAAUGAGGUACAAGAAGUGGUUUUCAUCAGAGGUGGAAUCCAAGAAUCGAAACUUAAGUGUACAUACAUCAUCAUAGAAGGAAGUCUCAAACCUGUGAACUCUGUUAUUUUGAGUAAACCAGCAUGGAUGUGGGGGGCAGAGAUGGGGGCCAAUGACAAAAAUGUUGUUAUUGGUAAUGAAGCUGUCUGGACCAACAAUAAUGAAGGGGAUGGUGAUGCCAGACAAAGAAGAUUGCUGGGCAUGGAUUUAGUAAGGUUAGGCUUAGAACGAGCUAACACGGCGGAGGAAGCAGUUGACGUCAUAACUGGUCUCCUAGAGAAGUAUGGUCAAGGAGGACCAUGUUCUGAAUUGGAUGACAGCCAUUUUUACCACAACUCUUUUCUAAUUGCUGAUACCAAAGAAGCCUGGGUGUUAGAAACCAGCGGAAAAUUAUGGGCAGCUGAGAAAAAUGUGACAGGUUACAGAAAUAUAUCCAAUGGGUUGACAAUAGGAACAAAAAUUGAUAAACACUCACAAGGAUUACUGGAAAAAGCCAAGGGUAUGGGAGUAUGGGAUGGACAGGUACUAGUAAUACAAUAUUUUAUCCCAAUACUUUACAAAUAUUACAAUGACAAUUUGUACGAAUAUAGAUAAAAAUAAAGCUACAAUGGCAGAAUGGUGUCCAAGCUGGGUAAAACCUGUACUAUGGGUCACUAGGCAUCCACCCCACAGAUAUAACAGUAAAAAUUGUAUGUAAAUGCAGUAAUAGCUUAGCAAGCCAUGAUGAAUCACUAAAACUUAAUACAUGGAAUCAAACGCUUGUGCGUGCUUUUGUGUUCGCGUGUGCGUGCUUGCGUGCGUGUGUGCGUACGUA